AUGAGCCAGCUCCCCCACAUAUCUUGGGAGGGUGGCGACGUGUCUCCGGCCUCUGGGCCAGUUGGCACAUUACUACCCUCUCGUUUCUCGAAUCUCCUCGCCCAUAAUCACAGAAUCGCCCCACCGCAGGCCAACUUUGGUGCCGAAGCUUUGCUGGAGUUGUCAGACUCGGUGAGAGAAUCGCUCGCUAAACACGGCCACUUCGGCCCAGGCGCAGAUUUCAUGUCUUUCUUCAUGGAGCUUGCCGCCCUGGAGGAAACACACGGCACGCCGACACUCGAUCUCGAGACCAUCAAGCUCGCUCGCUUGGACAAGUUGGUUGCCGACCUAACUCAGUGCGGCGAGAUGCCCUUCACCCUGGCUCCGAGGUUCAUCCAUGAUGCUGUCAAUGCUGAGAAGCUGGAAAUGAUGUGGCGGGCGCGUCUCAAAUCUGACUACCUUAUGAUUGACGAGAUACGUGCCAAUGACCUAGUCACGAGGUGGCGGCUCAAGGAAGGACUGCCCGCUGAUAGGGAUACUGCUGUUUCGGAGCUACCAGAGGGAAUCAUAUCAGGGCCAAGUAACAGUGCCAAUGAAACUGCCCAGUUCAAGCCGGGAGGAUGGUGGUUGAACCUCGCCUGUGCUCACUUAGACGGUGUGGUCGGUACGGAUCGCGACACGACAAGCAGGGGAAACGAUGGGACUCUAACCUUGCCUCUUUUGACCGGGAGGGAGAUCAAUGCCGGUCAUAACAGGGUCAAAUACAUCUGCGAGGGAACGCUAGCAGACAUGCACCCGGGCCUUCCCCCCCAGACCGGGAAACAACUGCGUGUUUUGAGAGGCUACCAACUCCGGAGUCAUUUUGCUCCCACUAUCGGCAUUCGGAACGAUGGCUUGUGGACACUACUCAGGUAUAACGAGAGGCGCAACCGCACUACCGGGGGUUACUGCCUGGAGACAGCCACCAUGGCCAAAUCCAAAGACUCCAAACCCGCCGGCGGCAAAGGCGGCGGCAAGGCCGACAACAAGGGCGACAAGUCCAAGAAGGGCGGCGGCAAGGGCAGCAACUCCAAGGCCGCCGGCGCCGACAGCAGCGACACCAAGGCGUCCAAGCUCAAGGGCAUGACCAUCAACGUCAGGCAUAUUCUCUGUGAGAAAUUUACCAAGAGUGAAGAGGCCAUCGGCCGGCUGAACAACGGUGAGAAGUUUGACGCGGUGGCGAGGGAGAUGUCCGAGGACAAGGCCAAGGCGGGAGGUUCGCUCGGCUGGAAGUCCAAGGGCAGUUUGGACCCCCAGUUCGAGGAGGUGGCCUUCAAGAUACCGCCCAGCCCGGUCGCUAGCCCCACGUUUGAGAGGGUCAAGACGGGCUUUGGGUAUCACAUCAUCAUGGUCGAGGAGCGCAAGUAG